AACUACCGGUCCACCGCAGCACGCACGCCUUCCUCGCGCGUUCCUUCCCCAGCCCCCCACCCUUUGUUAAAAACCCGUGAGUGAGCCCCCGAUUCGCCGCCCGCCACGCCGAAAAGCGCAAGCAGCCGUGAGCCGAGCGCCAUGGCCGGCUACUACCGCCGCACCAUCUCCUUCCCGACCCCGAAGGCGGCCGCGGCCGCCAACGGCAAGCUGGCGGCCGCCUACCGCGUCCGCUCGGCCAGCCUCCCCUGCCGCUUCCACCCGCUGGUCCUCCAGCUCGACGACGACGUCGCCGCCCUGCGCCUCGUGCUCGGCGGCCACGCCACCCCGUCCUGCUCGGCAUCAUCCGUCUCCGCGGCCGCCUCGCAGAUCGGCCGGGUGCUGGUCUCGCUCUCGGACCUGCUCCACCACCCGCAGGCGCAGGAGCCGCUGCGCCGCCUCGGCAUGUCCCCGCUCGCGGAGCGCCUGCUCGACGACUUCCUCCGCCUCGCCGACGCCCACGGCAGCUUCCGCCAGGCGCUCGUCGCGCUCGCGGCGCACCAGGCGGAGACGCGCGCCGCGCUGCGCCGCGGCGACCCGGGGAGGCUGGCGUCCGCGGCCCGCGCGCAGCGCCGCGCCGGGCGCGACCUCCCGCGCCUCGCGGCCGCCGCACGCGCCGUGGCCGCCAGGGCUCCCGCGCCGCUGCCCGAGGACCUGCAGCCCGAGACCGCGGCCCUGGGCGCGGCGAUCGCCGACUCGACCGUCGCCGUGGCGUCCGCCUCCGCGGCCGUCUUCUCCGGCGUCUCCUCCCUCUCCAACGCAGCCGCCGCCGCCCGCGUCGAGGUCGCCUCCACGCCGUGCUGGGUCACCGCGCCCUCGAGGUUCACCUCUUCGUCAGACGCGCCAAGAACCAGCCACCAGCGCGUGUGGUGGGUGGCCGACCUGGUGCGCUGGAUGUCGCGCGCGAAGCGCCGGUCGGCCGGGAAACAGAGCAGCGCCAACGACGACGACGCGUCCACCUCGUCCACGGCGCAGCUCCGGCCCGAGGCGCGGAUGAAGCCGGAGGAGCGGGCCCGCAAGGCGGCAUUCGAGCUCCACGACAACCUGGAGCGGUGCAUCGCCAGCGUCGACGGCAGCGGCGAGAAGGUGUUCCGGGCCCUGAUCAACACCAGAGUCUCCUUGCUCAACAUCCUCAGCCCAACCUUCUGAUCUCGCACCACCAGCUCCGAACUUCCGAUCGUAAUUUAGGAAACGUUUUGCUUCGGUUCUCGGGGUCUGGACAGGAUUUGUAUAUAGUACUUCUACUACUGGUGGCAUACUGUGCCCCCCGGGUCGCAGCCUUACCUGCAUCUAUCGGCACAGAUUUGGAAACCUACAUGGCGUUACGAACUGCGAAA